AUGGCACUGCGGGCGCUGGGGGUGGAGGCCACAGAUACUGAUACAACAUCUGAUUCUAUGGUCCUGGUGUCCAAUGAGUGCAGGUCUCCGCAGGUUUCCGGCCCUGUUCACCACUGCCAGCCGGAGAGAAGCGAUGGCCGCGGUUUCCACGGUUACCUGCAAGAGUGUGACUCUGUGGGGAGCACCCAGCAGACCUGUGACCGCCGCCCCGGCGCGAGGGGCACCUCCUGGUUUAGCAUCCCCGGCUCUCUGAGCGCGUGCGGGGACCACGCCCGCAGGCAGCGGUGCCUGGAGGCGUUGCUUGGCGACGGCUCUCAGCCCUUCAGCUCCGACAGAGAGCAGCGGCAGCGCUACGUCACCAAGGAUGGCAGGAGCUGCGUGGAGCUGGGCCCCAUCCAGGGCAAGGCCCGCUUCCUGGCCGACGUCUUCACCACGCUGGUGGACCUCCGGUGCCGCUGGUUCCUGCUGGUCUUCACUGUCUGCUACAUCAUCACCUGGGUGGCCUUCGCUGAGAUCUACCUGCUGGACGCCUGGCUCCGUGAGGCUGUGGGCGGGGCUGCAGGGGACGCCCCGCCCCGGCCCUGCUACCAGAACGUGGACGGCUUCCUGUCGGCCCUGCUGCUGUCGCUGGAGAGCCAGAUGACCAUCGGCUACGGGCACCGGCUGGUGACGGCGCACUGCGCGGAGGGUGUGGUGCUGCUGAUGGCGCAGUCGCUGCUGGGCUCCAUCAUCGACGUGCUGAUGGUGGGCUGCGUCUUCGCCAAGAUCUCCCGGCCACGGCGGCGCGCGCAGACGCUGCUCUUCUCCAGGCGCUGCGUCGUCUCCGCCCGCGACGGCAGUCUCUGCCUCAUGUUCCGCAUCGGCGACCUGCGUGAGAGCCACAUGGUCGACGCCAAGGUCCGCGCCAAGCUCGUCCAAUCGCGGCUCACCAGGGAGGGCGAGUUCAUCCCGCUGGAGCAGUCCGAGAUCAACCUGGGCUAUGACACGGGCGGCGACCGCCUCUUCCUGGUGGAGCCUCAGACCAUCACCCACGUCAUCGACGAGCGCAGCCCAUUCUGGGAGCUGAGCGCCGAGUCCCUCAAGAGGGACAGGUUCGAGCUCAUCGUCAUCCUGGAGGGCAUAGUGGAAGCCUCAGGGAUGACCUGCCAGGCGACGACAUCCUACACAGAGGACGAGAUUCUGUGGGGCCAUCGCUUCGAGUCCUGCAUGACCCGGGAGAAGGGCUUCUUCCGGGUGGACUACACCGCCUUUGACAAGACCUUCCCUGUCCACACCUGCACGUGCAGUGCUAAGGAGAUGGCCGAGAGGGAGCGGAGAGAGAGGCAGUCUCUCAGGUCCCGCUGA